AUGGUGUUGCAAAGAUGUUGCCCUAUGGCUUUUGUGCAAUGGAGUUUCUUGACAUGCUUUAUUUGCUUUUCUGCGGGACUUGAGACCCUAGCCAGAUCCUGUGACAAGCAUGAUUUGUUGGCCCUGAAGGAAUUUGCAGGCAACCUUUCAAUAGGGUCUAUCAUCACAGCAUGGUCAGAUGAUGUUGUUUGCUGCAAAUGGGUUGGAGUUGUUUGUAAUGAUGUGGUUGAUGGAGAAGCUGCUAGUAGAGUGUCCAAGUUGAUUCUGCCUGGAAUGGGUCUUAACGGCACGAUUUCAAGUUCUUUAGCUUAUCUUGAUGAGCUGAAAGUGCUUAAUAUUUCGUUCAAUGGUCUCCAAGGUGGAUUGCCUUCCGAGUUCUCUAAUUUGAAGCAGUUAGAAGUUCUUGACUUGAGCCAUAAUAUGUUGUCUGGAGCAGUUGGUGGGCCACUCUCUGGUUUGCAAUCCAUUCAGAUACUGAAUAUUUCUAGCAAUUUAUUUGUCGGAGACCUCUUUGAAAUUGGGGGCUUAGAACAUCUCCUUGCUCUCAGCAUAAGCAAUAAUUCAUUCACUGGCCAGUUCAAUUCUCAAAUUUGCAGCUCCUCCAAGGGUAUUCACAUUCUUGAUAUAUCAAAAAAUCAUUUUUCUGGUGGUCUUGAAUGGUUGGGAGACUGUAGCACAUCUCUCCAAGAGUUACAUUUAGAUUCCAAUUUAUUUACUGGCUAUCUUCCUGAUUCCUUGUAUUCAAUGUCAGCCUUGGAGCAGCUGUCAGUCUCUGUGAACAAUCUGUCUGGUCAGUUGAGCAUGGAGCUAAGUAACCUCUCAAACCUAAAAUCUCUAAUCAUUUCUGGAAAUCGGUUCUCGGGGGAUCUCCCUAAUAUUUUUGGGAAUCUUUUGGACCUUGAACAACUAGUAGGACACUCCAAUUCAUUUUCUGGAUCAUUGCCUUCCACCUUGUCCUUAUGCUCAAAACUUCAAGUGCUUGAUCUUCGAAAUAAUUCUUUCACAGGUUCUGUUAGCCUUAAUUUCACUGGGUUGUCUAAUCUUUCCACGUUGGACCUUGGUAGCAAUCAUUUUAAUGGGUCCCUUCCAAAUUCUUUGUCCAAUUGCCAUGAAUUGACAAUGUUAAGCCUUGCAAAAAAUGAAUUUACUGGCCAAAUCCCUGGGAGUUAUGCAAACCUCUCUUCACUUUUGACUCUGUCUCUGUCAAACAAUAGCUUUGAGAACUUAUUCGGGGCGCUUUAUGUCCUGCAGCAGUGCAAAAAUAUCAGCACUCUUAUCCUUACAAAGAAUUUCCAUGGUGAGGAAAUUCCAGAAAAUUUAACAGUAAGCUUCAAGAGCCUUGUGGUUUUAGCACUUGGAAAUUGUGGUCUCAAAGGUCGUAUCCCUGCUUGGCUAUUGAAUUGCUCGAAAUUGGAAGUUCUUGAUUUGUCAUGGAACCAUUUGGAAGGUAGUAUCCCUUCUUGGAUUGGUUGGAUGGACCAUUUGUUCUACUUGGAUUUGUCAAAUAAUUCUCUUAUGGGAGAAUUUCCAAGAAGUUUGACAGAGCUUAAGUGCCUCAUAUCCUUAAAUUAUCAAUUAUCAAGUCUCUUUGCAUCUGCUGCUAUUCCUCUCUAUGUCAAGAGAAACAAGAGUGAUAAUGGACUGCAAUAUAACCAUGCUUCGAGUUUCCCUCCAUCAAUAUACUUGAGCAAUAACAGAUUAAAUGGAACAAUAUUGCCUGAAAUUGGUCGUUUGAAAGAACUUCAUAUCUUGGAUUUAAGCAGGAACAACCUCACUGGCACCAUUCCGAGCUCUAUUUCUGAGAUGAAGAAUUUGGAAACAUUAGAUUUAUCUAAUAAUAAUCUCUUUGGAACUAUUCCUUCAUCAUUUAACAGCCUCACAUUCUUGUCUAAGUUCAGUGUGGCAUAUAAUCACUUAUGGGGAACAAUUCCAUCUGGGGGGCAAUUUUCAAGUUUCCCUAAUUCAAGUUUUGAGGGAAACCUGGGGCUUUGUGGGGAGACAUAUCAUCAUUGUAACAACGAAAAAAAAGCCAACAUGUCUUCUCAUUCCGGGGGGAAAUUUGGUAAAAGCAGUGUCCUUGGCAUCACAAUUGGUUUAGGAGUAGGCCUUGCACUACUUCUUGCAGUUAUUCUGCUAAGAAUGUCAAAGAGGGGUGAGGAUAAACCAGUUGACAACUUUGAUGAGGAGCUUAGCUGGCCAAACAGGAUACCUGAAGCGCUUGUUACUUCAAAAUUGGUGUUUUUUCAAAAUUCAGAUUGCAAAGGUCUCACAGUUGAAGAUUUGAUAAAAUCCACUAACAAUUUUAGCCAAGAAAAUAUAAUUGGUUGCGGUGGGUUUGGUCUUGUCUACAAGGCGAAUCUUCCCAAUGGCACAAAGGUAGCUGUCAAGAAACUAUCGGGAUACUGUGGUCAGGUGGAACGAGAAUUCCAAGCAGAAGUUGAGGCACUCUCAAGAGCUCAACAUAAGAACCUUGUUUCACUCAAAGGUUAUUGUCAGCAUGUCAAUGACAGAUUGUUAAUUUACUCCUACUUGGAGAAUGGAAGCCUUGACUGUUGGCUGCAUGAGAGUGAGGAUGGAAAUUCAGCUCUUAAAUGGAAUGUAAGACUCAAGAUUGCCCAAGGUGCAGCUUAUGGACUAGCUUAUUUGCACAACGAGUGUGAACCACAUAUUGUGCACCGAGAUAUUAAGUCUAGCAACAUACUUUUGGAUGAUAAAUUCGAAGCUUAUUUGGCUGACUUUGGUCUUUCAAGGUUACUUCAACCUUAUGAUACCCAUGUUUCAACAGAUUUAGUGGGAACAUUAGGAUAUAUUCCUCCUGAAUAUAGUCAAGCACUGAAAGCAACAUUCAAGGGUGAUAUUUAUAGCUUUGGUGUUGUUCUUAUUGAGCUUCUUACUGGUCGAAGGCCUGUAGAAGUCAUCGUCGGGCAAUGCAACAGGAAUCUAGUGUCAUGGUUGUUUCAGAUGAAAUCUGAGAAUAGGGACCAAGAAAUUUUUGAUUCAGUCAUUUGGCACAAGGAUAAUGAGAAACAGCUCUUAGAGGUACUAACUAUUGCUUGUAAAUGUAUAGAUGAAGAUCCAAGGAAGAGACCCCAUAUUGAAUUAGUUGUUUCAUGGCUUGAUGGUGUAGGAUUUGAUGGUUCUGAACAGUCAUCAUCUUAA